UGCGAUUCCGAAAGUACACAUGUGCUGUGCGCUGAUUCUUUGUGCUUCCGUACGGAGACGGUAGAUCCUGGCUGCAGAUGGUGUUGCUUCAGUGCUUCUGCUCUCUAGUUGGUGGCUGCUGAGUUGGCUAUUUUUAUUUUACGCUCCACUGCGCGUUGUAAUGUAAUUAGAUCUCUGGGGAAAUCAGGCUAAUAUUGGGUACACUCCGGUACCGGCACUGGGGUGGUCUUACGAGUGAGUGUGCUUAGCUCCGGGAGUAGUGAACGUGGAAACUUGUAGGAGAGGACGACGGGACGGACUUCAACGGGAUGUUCCCUCGGCUGGCUGAGAAGGCGACAUUCCGAAAGGGGUGAUAAGGAGUGAGAAACAGGUCGAGCCCAUGAAUCAGCUGGUUAGCCGCAGUUAGUAAACAGCUGUAACUGCAGUGAAUUCUAUUGUUUACCUGAAACGAAAAACAUCGGAGAGAAAUGAAACAGGUGAGAUUUAUCAAGAAGGGUACAUCUUGGCAACUAUACUCAAACAGAUCAGAUAUGGCAUGACAACAUUCGGAGAAAUAAAGAUGUCGAGGGAAGAGAAGGAUGUCGUAUCUUAUCUCAGAUUGUGGCACUACUAGCUUGAAGCUUUCGGGGAUUAGCAAGAUAUCUUGUUGUUAUCACUGUGGUUAGAAACUAAGGAAACACCAGCAGAGAGACAAUUGAAUUAUAAAUUGGCCAAGUUCAACAUCCAACGCCAUUUACUUAUCACAUUCGAACGAAUCAACUUCUACCAGGUUGGAGCAUCAAGCACUGAAAAUAAAUCAUAGUCUAAUUUGCAGUCAAAGAACUCUCUACUAUGGACAACUUAAAGAAACUCCUCGUCGUGCAGCUUCUCGUGCUGAUAAUUACGCUUCGAACAGCACGCUCCCAGGCCGCCGGAACGGAUUGCAAUGGGAGGGACUACCUCUGCUUAGACGACCGACGGUUUCAAAUUUGCAUCGACUUGGGAGCUGGGAAGACAGAAACAGUAGACACUGAGGCGCAGAGUUGUCCACGGGGGACCUUUUGCAGCAACACGGGCCAAUUUGAGUGUGACUCGCAUGUUGCGCCAUCCACUGCCGCCCCUCAGGUGGUAACUCCGGAGCAAGUACCCCAAACAGAGCCCGUACCGGAAGUGAAUGAAGUCGUAACGAACCCUCCAUCCAAUGAUCUUCCAGUGGAGAGUACGAGUGAGGUAUCACUUGAAACGAAUUCUCCAACUACCAGCUCCCCGAGUGAAACAUCUGCACCGGAAAGUUCUGUUGCAACAGAAGAAACUGUGACUAAUUCGGUUAGUGAAACCGCUGCUCCUUUAACAACUGAUGCUCCAGAUGCUCAACCAGUCACAACAGUAAGUUCAGCAGCAGUUCCUGAUGUACCAGAAUCAACGUCUUUGCCAGAGCAAGCACAACCAGAAACUACCGUUUCUGUCGGAGAAUCGCAAUCGGAUUCAACUGCUGCACCUGAGGAGGUGGUCAGCACAACAGAUAAUGCGGCGCCUGAGACAACAGUUGCAGGUCAAGAAACUCAACCAUCAAGUACAGAUGUUACUGGAUCGGAAGCAGCGGCUACCACUGUGGCGAACGAACUUCAACCAGAAGCCACCAAUCCCGAAGAAAAUGCACCUGAAACAUCAUCAAACGUCCCAGACGGCGGAUCGGUCACAGAGUCGCCUGCUUCGGAGACAACAGUUGCUGCUGAAGUUACUACCGUCCCUGAGACUACGGCUGCUUCUGAAGGAACUGCCAAUGCCGAAUCAACAGUUGCUUCCGAAUCUACCGUUGCUUCAGAAACCACCGAUAGUGGUGUCGUUUCAACUGAUACUACGGCUGUUGUCGAAACAGAAACAUCAGUAGCAUCUGAAACGACUACAGUUUCGGAGACUACUCUUGCGCCAGAAGUUUCUUCUACUCCGGAAACACUCACUUCGGAAGCUUCCGUCGUCCCAGAAACAUCUGUUGGAACAGAAACUUCUGCUGCACCGGAAAAUACACAGGCUCCGGAAAGUACAGCAGCCCCGGAAAGCUCAGCCGCUCCGGAAACUUCAACUAAUCCGGAAAGUACAGCAGUACCAGAAACCUCAGCUGCUGCGGAAAAUACGGGAGCUCCAGAAGCGUCAGUUGCUCCGGAAACUUCGGCUGCUCCGGAAAGCACGGCAGUUCCUGAAACAUCUGCUGAUCCAGACGUGACCACUGCUGCGGACACAACAGCCGCCCCCGAAACAACUGUGGCUCCUGAAGCAACUGCUGCUCCUGCAACUACCGUUGCCCCGGAAUCUUCAGCUGCUCCAGAAACGUCCACAACGCCGGAAACUUCAGACGCUCCGGACACUACUGCCGCUUCUGAAACUACUGCCGCUCCUGAAACUUCCGCUGCUCCAGAAUCAUCGGCUGCCACAGAAUCGUCUGUUGCUCCAGAAACUACUGCCGCUCCUGAAACUUCCACUGCCCAGGAAACUGCAGCUGCUUCGGAGUCCACAGUUGCUCCAGAAUCUUCGGUUCCUUCUGAAACUACUGCCGAUGCUGAAACUACAACAGCUCCUGAAACAACAGCUGCUCCAGCAACAACUGCCGUUCCCGAGUCAUCGAAUGCUUCCGAAAACACCGAAGCCACAACAGAAGCACAACAGACAACAGUUGGAUCCAACACUGGGGAAACUGAAAACUCGCAAUCAACCGAUGCUGGAGAGACCACAGCUCCUGCUUCAAAUGCUCCAGAAACUACAUCUGCCGCGAGUACAACCGAUGAGCCAGAGGUCACCAAUAGCCCAACACAAUCGUCACCAUCGGUAUCGGAAACUACCGACAACAAUUCCAAUCAAGAAACCACGCCCUCAGCUACACUUCCAGAGACGUCAAAUCCUGCUUCAACAGAACAACCUGCACAAGAGACAACUGUCGCUCCGACGGAAGCAUCGCCAGAACCUGAAUCAAGCUCUGCAGCAACUGAAACUGAGUCCACAGCCGUUCCUUCCACCAGUGCUUCCGCACCAUCCACCACCACCCUCCAACCUUCUACCACAACCAACGCACCUUCAACAACCCCAUUGCCUUUCGUGUGCCAACAGUCGGGUCGGUUCCCAGAUCCACGAGACUGCCAAAAAUAUCACGUCUGUUUGUGGCUUCCCUUCGGUCUAUACCAGCUGGAACAGAACUGCCUGCUUGGAAUGGCUUACAAUCCAACACUACAACGAUGCACUGCCGAUCAAAGCCCGUGUUUCCCGGGACAGUUCACCUGCACAGCACCCGGACGGUUCCCCGAUGUAUCGGACAACACCAAGUACUUCUGGUGCGUUUGGAACGUAUUUGGUGGCUAUUUGCAGUACCACCAGGACUGCCCACUCGGACAAGUCUUCGAUGCCUACCGACGACGGUGUCUCACACCUGCUCGACCCCUGCUGUUGUCCAGCGAAGACAACGACUCCGGUGCAAACAGUGAUGCUGAUUCGAACACCAGCUCGGACUCUGGCGCAGUGAAUGUGCCAGACAACUCGGAGGACUCCACAAGUGUCGAAGAAGUCAAGCCGAAAGUCAAGUUUGAAUGCACCGAAGAGGGGACGUUCCCGGACCCGAACAACUGCGCCCGUUACUUCAUCUGUACGCUCAAGAAAAAGGAUAAAUACAAGCAGAGCAAGCUGAAGUGUCCGAAGGGACAACAGUUCGAUGUCGCCCUGCAGUUGUGCACGGACGAUGUUGAAGUAUUGUGCGGUUAAUGUUUCUAGAUUUUGGUAGAGGUUUAUACAAUUACUAUGAUCACGAAUUUAAAGUUAUUAGCGGAAAUAAAUUGAAAAUUAUUUAUUAUCAUCAGCAUGAGGUAAACGGAACUUGUCUGUGAAAUUAAUCAUUUCCGAAAAAUCCUGAACAUUUCGCCUUGCUGGCAUCGAAUGUAAUUCCGAAAGGACAUUUCAUUUUGAUAAGUUCGUAGCUCGAGCUGAACGCAUUCCAGCGGCACCAAAAAUAUCUGGUCGAGUCCGAUGGGUCCGGAAAGCGUCCGGCUGACGUACAGUUGAACGAUUGCGGCUGCAGUUGGCACUUGUUCUGAUCAGCUGUGCAUCUUUGUGAGUCGGGAUCGAACACCGUGCCGAACAGACAGGUCCCCACCGUGUCGUAGUUGAAGAACGGAAGCACCACGCAAAGGUGGUAUUUGUGGCAGUCGGAACUGUGCGGAUAACGACCGGUCAGAUCGCAACUGAACGGAAGCUCUGUUGUUGUGGGGUCGAUUGUUGUUGAGCUCGAAGAAGAACUUGUGGUGGAUGUCGUCGAGCUGCCGUCGUCGGUGGUCGAUGACUGGGAUACGGUUUCCGAGGAAGUUGUGGGGACGAUGGUUGUUGAACUUGAAGAACUUGUGGAGGAUGUCGUCGAGCUGCCAUUGUCGGUGGUCGAUGACUGGGACACGGUUUCCGAGGAUGUUGUUGAACUGACAAGAGUUGUGGCCGUCGAUGUGGAAGAAGCUGAUGAACUGCAUGCGUCUGUAUUGGCGUUGCUGCAGUAUUGCGAAGUAUCGCAUUCAUAGACUUGCAAGUCCGUCGUUUCAGUUCCUUCGGUAGAAGACGAGGGCGAACAGAUUUGAUAGUGUAGAUCGUCUGUGCAAAGGAAUGUUUUUCCGUUGCAGUCAGAGCCCACGGUUUGAAGGUGAGCUGUUGGGAGUACUGCAGCCUAUAAAA